CAAUUUGCUCCUCCACUCCUCUCCACCCCUUUCUUCCAAAACCCCUUCUUCUUUUCCCAAACUCCCUUGCUGUCUUCCACACUCCUCCUCGCGCACUCUUUCUCUCUCCUCCUCCCAGCAGAGCAGCACAACCCAUAAAAAUGGCGGAAACAGCCGACUUACAAACCGAACACACAACCCCACCACCAGAAACGACGGCGGAAGACACCCAACCGGCGCCAGAUUCAGAAGCCGCCACCACAACCACACCCAAGUGGCCCGGUUGGCCCGGCGACAAUGUCUUCCGCCUCAUUAUUCCUGCCCCUCAAGUUGGAAGCGUAAUUGGGCGAAAAGGGGAAUUUGUAAAGAAGAUGUGUGACGAAACUCGAGCUCGGAUUCGGAUUCUUGAAGCCCCUGUUGGUACUGCCGAUCGUGUGGUUCUGAUAUCUGGGAAGGAAGAGCCAGAUGCUGCUCUGUCUCCAGCAAUGGAUGCAGCAGUAAGAGUGUUUAAGCGUGUUUCUGGUCUUGGUGAAGGUGACGAUAAAGGUUCAGCAGCUGAUGCAGCUGCUUUCUGUUCAAUAAGGUUAUUGGUCGCCUCAACACAAGCCAUUAAUCUGAUUGGAAAGCAGGGAUCUACAAUUAAAGCAAUACAGGAGAGCAGUGGUGGUGUUGUGCGAAUUUUGCCCGAAGGUGAACUUCCCUCGUAUGCGGCUUCUGAUGAAAGGAUUAUUGAAAUACAUGGGGAAGCUCUCAAAGUUCAAAAAACAUUUGAAGCAGUCCUUGGUCACCUGAGGAAGUUUUUGCAUGAUCACAGUGUUGUGGCUGUGUUUGAGCAAACUUACAAAGGGACAAUAUCGCAAGAUAGGACAGCUGAUGCUUUGGAAGAUAAAUCCCAAUCUUUGGCAAAGACUACCUCAUCUCAGUCAUUGAUUGCCGAUCAUUCUCUGUCAUUGAAGCGGGAAAGCUAUUAUGACCGUGAAGCUGAACUCGAUAUGAAAUUCCCUCGUUCUGCAGUGUCACUGUAUGGAUCAGAUCCAGCGCUCAGUUCUCUUCAUUCUACAGGACUUACUCGUGCUGCUGCUCCUAUAAUUACUCAGGUUACACAAACAAUGCAAGUACCACUUUCUUACGCUGAAGACAUUAUUGGAAUUGCUGGAAGAAAUAUUGCCUACAUUCGUCGUGCCAGUGGUGCAGCUCUUACUGUCCAAGAAAGUCAUGGUCGAGGUGAUGAGAUCACUGUAGAAAUUAAGGGCACUGCAACGCAGGUCCAGACUGCUCAACAGCUUAUCCAGGAUUCGAUUAAUGGGCAAAAGGUAGCCCCUGCUAGCAUGUAUGGCAAAAGUGAUUUGGGCUUGGGUACUGCAUAUUCACAUCUGCCAGAAAGCACAUAUCACCCUUCAUCAUUGUCAUCUUUAUCAUCCUAUACAAGUCAAGGUCUUGGAGGAGGUUAUUCUUCUGGAUUGGGAGGCUACAGCAGCUACAGGUUCUGAGGUCUUGUAGUAACCGCUGUAGUUCCAGAUCCGCCUUCACUUUGUAUCUUUUAACCUUCUUGUUUGAUACUUGUAUUGUUUACUACUAGAUGUACUUUAUAGGAAAUUUUCAAGUUGAUAACCUUCUAGUCUUGUCAAAUGCAAAAGACGGAAGGUUGUGCUGUACGAUAUUUCCUUUUUUCUUUUUUUUUUUGAAUGGAAUACGAUAUUUCCUUUAAUCUCUGCCUUUCUGUUAUUUGUUU